AACGUCCGAGUGAACGCCGAAACUAGCCGAACUAGUACAAGACUGAAGAAAUCAAGAAACUAAAAAUCUGUCGUUCACCUUAGUGAUGUAAAAUUUGAAAAUUCAACAAAAUGAUAAUGUAAAAGCUUAAUAAGACAAUCUUGUUUUGAUUUUAAUUGUAUCUUAGUGAUAUUGUUUUGACUGUAACACCCAUAACUCUGUAUUUCGUCGGCAAAGUGAGAGAGUUUAGUGCGAGUGCAAGGGUGGUAACGAGAAAUGUGAAGUAUCUAUGAAGUUCAGGAUUCUAAAGCCUUUUAUUUUAUACCUAUAAUAAUGAGCGGACGCCCUAGGACCACGUCAUUCGCCGAGGGCAGCAAAUCCGUUCGAAAGACAUUCGAUAAUCAGCCACCAAAACCACUAGGAGGAGUAAAAAUCAGCAGCGACGUGGAAACUCCUAAAAAGGCCGAGCUGGCUACGGAAAAGAAGGGCGCUACGUCGCGCAAGGACGGCUCAAAGGUGACGACUGUGGUGGCGACGCCGGGGCAAGGCCCCGACCGGCCGCAGGAAGUGAGCUAUGCCGACAUGAAGCUCAUCGGUAACGGCAGCUUCGGCGUCGUCUACCAGGCCAAACUAUGUGACACCGGCGAGCUCAUUGCCAUCAAAAAAGUGCUCCAGGACAAAAGGUUUAAGAAUCGAGAACUUCAAAUUAUGCGACGGCUGGAGCACUGUAAUAUUGUCAAAUUGAAAUACUUCUUUUACUCUAGUGGAGAAAAGGCGGCAGUACCCUCAGCAGUCAGUACGUUGUUAAGCGCAAUGCAGUCUAUUGAAGUCACAAAGGACGAAGUGUACCUGAACCUGGUGCUGGAGUAUAUUCCCGAAACUGUGUAUAAAGUUGCACGUCAUUACUCCAAAGAUGAACAAACCAUACCCAUUAGUUUUAUAAAGCUCUACAUGUACCAGUUGUUCAGAAGUCUGGCGUACAUCCACUCGCUGGGCAUCUGCCACCGGGACAUCAAGCCACAAAACUUACUCCUGGACCCCAAGACGGGCGUCCUCAAACUGUGCGACUUCGGCUCGGCGAAGCACCUCGUGCGCGGCGAGCCUAACGUCUCGUAUAUCUGCUCGCGUUACUACCGCGCGCCGGAACUUAUUUUCGGCGCUAUAGAUUAUACCACUAAAAUCGAUGUGUGGAGCGCGGGUUGCGUAGUGGCAGAGCUGUUGCUCGGUCAACCCAUCUUCCCGGGAGACUCCGGCGUAGACCAACUCGUGGAAAUCAUCAAGGUGUUAGGCACUCCCACGCGGGAACAGAUCAGAGAAAUGAACCCGAACUACACAGAAUUCAAAUUCCCUCAGAUCAAGAGUCAUCCAUGGGCGAAGUAUAUGUUGGAGCGAAUGACCAUGCCCAAGAAUCUCACUGACCACCAGCGCCUUCGAGUGUUCCGAGCGUGCACGCCGCCGGACGCCAUCUCGCUGGUGUCGCGGCUGCUGGAGUACACGCCGGGCGCGCGGCUGUCUCCGCUGCAGGCGUGCGCGCACAGCUUCUUCGACGAGCUGCGCGAGCCCGCCGCGCGCCUGCCCAACGGCCGCGCGCUGCCGCCGCUCUUCAACUUCACGGAGUACGAGCUCAACAUCCAGCCCAGCCUCAACGACUUCCUCAAGCCGCGCGCCUCGCCGCCCGCCGCCGACGCGCCCUCGGCCAGCCACCACGCCGCCCAAGACCAGGACCCGCCAGGUGAGAGAGAGCUCCUCACCCACACCCACCCACAUCCAGCCCAGCCUCAACGACUUCCUCAAGCCGCGCGCCUCGCCGCCCGCCGCCGACGCGCCCUCGGCCAGCCACCACGCCGCCCAAGACCAGGACCCGCCAGGUGAGAGAGAGCUCCUCACCCACACCCACCCACAUCCAGCCCAGCCUCAACGACUUCCUCAAGCCGCGCGCCUCGCCGCCCGCCGCCGACGCGCCCUCGGCCAGCCACCACGCCGCCCAAGACCAGGACCCGCCAGGUGAGAGAGAGCUCCUCACCCACACCCACCCACAUCCAGCCCAGCCUCAACGACUUCCUCAAGCCGCGCGCCUCGCCGCCCGCCGCCGACGCGCCCUCGGCCAGCCACCACGCCGCCCAAGACCAGGACCCGCCAGGUGAGAGAGAGCUCCUCACCCACACCCACCCACAUCCAGCCCAGCCUCAACGACUUCCUCAAGCCGCGCGCCUCGCCGCCCGCCGCCGACGCGCCCUCGGCCAGCCACCACGCCGCCCAAGACCAGGACCCGCCAGGUGAGAGAGAGCUCCUCACCCACACCCACCCACAUCCAGCCCAGCCUCAACGACUUCCUCAAGCCGCGCGCCUCGCCGCCCGCCGCCGACGCGCCCUCGGCCAGCCACCACGCCGCCCAAGACCAGGACCCGCCAGGUGAGAGAGAGCUCCUCACCCACACCCACCCACAUCCAGCCCAGCCUCAACGACUUCCUCAAGCCGCGCGCCUCGCCGCCCGCCGCCGACGCGCCCUCGGCCAGCCACCACGCCGCCCAAGACCAGGACCCGCCAGGUGAGAGAGAGCUCCUCACCCACACCCACCCACAUCCAGCCCAGCCUCAACGACUUCCUCAAGCCGCGCGCCUCGCCGCCCGCCGCCGACGCGCCCUCGGCCAGCCACCACGCCGCCCAAGACCAGGACCCGCCAGGUGAGAGAGAGCUCCUCACCCACACCCACCCACAUCCAGCCCAGCCUCAACGACUUCCUCAAGCCGCGCGCCUCGCCGCCCGCCGCCGACGCGCCCUCGGCCAGCCACCACGCCGCCCAAGACCAGGACCCGCCAGGUGAGAGAGAGCUCCUCACCCACACCCACCCACAUCCAGCCCAGCCUCAACGACUUCCUCAAGCCGCGCGCCUCGCCGCCCGCCGCCGACGCGCCCUCGGCCAGCCACCACGCCGCCCAAGACCAGGACCCGCCAGGUGAGAGAGAGCUCCUCACCCACACCCACCCACAUCCAGCCCAGCCUCAACGACUUCCUCAAGCCGCGCGCCUCGCCGCCCGCCGCCGACGCGCCCUCGGCCAGCCACCACGCCGCCCAAGACCAGGACCCGCCAGGUGAGAGAGAGCUCCUCACCCACACCCACCCACAUCCAGCCCAGCCUCAACGACUUCCUCAAGCCGCGCGCCUCGCCGCCCGCCGCCGACGCGCCCUCGGCCAGCCACCACGCCGCCCAAGACCAGGACCCGCCAGGUGAGAGAGAGCUCCUCACCCACACCCACCCACAUCCAGCCCAGCCUCAACGACUUCCUCAAGCCGCGCGCCUCGCCGCCCGCCGCCGACGCGCCCUCGGCCAGCCACCACGCCGCCCAAGACCAGGACCCGCCAGGUGAGAGAGAGCUCCUCACCCACACCCACCCACAUCCAGCCCAGCCUCAACGACUUCCUCAAGCCGCGCGCCUCGCCGCCCGCCGCCGACGCGCCCUCGGCCAGCCACCACGCCGCCCAAGACCAGGACCCGCCAGGUGAGAGAGAGCUCCUCACCCACACCCACCCACAUCCAGCCCAGCCUCAACGACUUCCUCAAGCCGCGCGCCUCGCCGCCCGCCGCCGACGCGCCCUCGGCCAGCCACCACGCCGCCCAAGACCAGGACCCGCCAGGUGAGAGAGAGCUCCUCACCCACACCCACCCACAUCCAGCCCAGCCUCAACGACUUCCUCAAGCCGCGCGCCUCGCCGCCCGCCGCCGACGCGCCCUCGGCCAGCCACCACGCCGCCCAAGACCAGGACCCGCCAGGUGAGAGAGAGCUCCUCACCCACACCCACCCACAUCCAGCCCAGCCUCAACGACUUCCUCAAGCCGCGCGCCUCGCCGCCCGCCGCCGACGCGCCCUCGGCCAGCCACCACGCCGCCCAAGACCAGGACCCGCCAGGUGAGAGAGAGCUCCUCACCCACACCCACCCACAUCCAGCCCAGCCUCAACGACUUCCUCAAGCCGCGCGCCUCGCCGCCCGCCGCCGACGCGCCCUCGGCCAGCCACCACGCCGCCCAAGACCAGGACCCGCCAGGUGAGAGAGAGCUCCUCACCCACACCCACCCACAUCCAGCCCAGCCUCAACGACUUCCUCAAGCCGCGCGCCUCGCCGCCCGCCGCCGACGCGCCCUCGGCCAGCCACCACGCCGCCCAAGACCAGGACCCGCCAGGUGAGAGAGAGCUCCUCACCCACACCCACCCACAUCCAGCCCAGCCUCAACGACUUCCUCAAGCCGCGCGCCUCGCCGCCCGCCGCCGACGCGCCCUCGGCCAGCCACCACGCCGCCCAAGACCAGGACCCGCCAGGUGAGAGAGAGCUCCUCACCCACACCCACCCACAUCCAGCCCAGCCUCAACGACUUCCUCAAGCCGCGCGCCUCGCCGCCCGCCGCCGACGCGCCCUCGGCCAGCCACCACGCCGCCCAAGACCAGGACCCGCCAGGUGAGAGAGAGCUCCUCACCCACACCCACCCACAUCCAGCCCAGCCUCAACGACUUCCUCAAGCCGCGCGCCUCGCCGCCCGCCGCCGACGCGCCCUCGGCCAGCCACCACGCCGCCCAAGACCAGGACCCGCCAGGUGAGAGAGAGCUCCUCACCCACACCCACCCACAUCCAGCCCAGCCUCAACGACUUCCUCAAGCCGCGCGCCUCGCCGCCCGCCGCCGACGCGCCCUCGGCCAGCCACCACGCCGCCCAAGACCAGGACCCGCCAGGAGAGAACGCAGCAGCGAGCGGGCCGAGCGGCGGGUCGCCGACCGCGUCGUAGACGGGCAGCUCCCUCGGCGAGGCAGUGUGAGUGGUGACGCCUGGCCUCUGGCCGAUGAUACGUGAUCAUAUCGUCGGCCGGAGCCGGCCGAGAGCCGAGCGGACCUCUCCGAUACGGAUUUUAGAUUGAGAGUCAUUCGUAUGCUAACUAGUGAUUAGUCCUUUUUAUUGGCCGUCGGGGAUAAAUUUUAUGCAUAAUAGGUGUUUUCGGCGAGUUAUCGUGUGAUACAGUAGUGUGAUUGUCGAUAAAGCUUGAGCUGUCGUAGUCGGUGAGAAGGGUAAAUCCGCUGUAGAUUCUAAACCGUCGCGAUGUGAUUACUUUGUACUUUUGUAAGCUCAAAUUGUCUCUUUGUGUACAUACCUUAAAUGUUGAGUUGGAGAGUAAUAUUUACCGGGUAAACGACAGAUGAUCACCUGGAGCGGUUGCUUCGUUUUGUUUCUGGUACUACCGUCCCGGGAUGAGGGGCCGCCGCCGGUCUCACAGCGACACUAUUACGAGCGUAACCUUGCUUGGCCGUGUAAUCAGUAGGGCAGACAUAUUCUGUAGUGCAUUAGUGUAUUUAUUGUUGGAACGUAUCACUAACUCAUGAAACUUACGAAGCGUAUGCCUAGUGUUAUUUCAACGAUGAAACUUAGCAGAUGGUACAUUUUUCGCAUUCAUAGGGAGCAUACUUGUAAAUUUUUAUAACUAGCGUAAACUGAUCUCUCGAGAUAAUUUAUAAUGUUUAAUGAUAACUCGGAAUAUUGUAUUUGUAUAAACAAUUCAGAGAAUAUAAUUUUUUUAGAUUUACUACAUUAUAGAUUUUUUUCGGGCAACUUCUAUAUGUAAUAACCUUUUUUUAUUGCGGUGUACCUUAUUAAGUCUAUCCAAAGCUGGAUAAAUGUAAUCUAUUUGAUAGCACUGUCGGUGUCCUAAUGUAACGACAUAGUUUUUCGAUAAUAUUGUAUUCUAUAUUCAAUAUUUAAAUGAUAUUUCUAUUAUAUAAAAAUUUGUCAUUGAAAACACUAUGGUUAUUAGUAGUCAUUUAUGAAACGGUGUAUAAAUAAAGCUAUUUUCAUUGU